GCCCAGGGCGGCGACCAAUCGCGGUGCGCGCCGGGGGUCCCAGCUCCGGGGAUUCGGGACGCCACCCGCGCGCAGUCUCGGGUCGCUGUCGCCCGGGGGCUUUUGCCAGCGGCGCCGGGGGCCUGUGUGCUGGGGCAGCAGGCGCUCCCUUGACCUCGUCCUCUCGUCCUGUGCGGCCGGCCGGGUGAGGCCGGGCCCGCGUAGGGGGCAGGCGGCGGCUGCCUCCGGCGGAGGUGCCUCGCGGCUCCCGGGCGGGCCCGCGCCUCGGCGGCGUGCUCCAUGCAUCCGGAGCCCGCCCCGCCCCCGAGCCGCAGCAGCCCCGAGCUUCCCCCGAGCGGCGGCAGCACCACCAGCGGCAGCCGCCGGAGCCGCCGCCGCAGCGGGGACGGGGAGCCUCCGGGAGCGCCGCCGCCGCCGCCCGCCGUCACCUACCCGGACUGGAUCGGCCAGAGUUACUCCGAGGUGAUGAGUCUCAACGAGCACUCCAUGCAGGCGCUGUCCUGGCGCAAGCUCUAUUUGAGCCGCGCCAAACUCAAAGCCUCCAGCCGGACCUCGGCUCUGCUCUCCGGCUUCGCCAUGGUGGCGAUGGUGGAGGUGCAGCUGGACGCUGACCACGACUACCCGCCAGGGCUGCUCAUCGCCUUCAGUGCCUGCACCACGGUGCUGGUGGCUGUGCACCUGUUCGCACUAAUGAUCAGCACCUGCAUCCUGCCCAACAUCGAGGCGGUGAGCAACGUGCACAACCUCAACUCGGUCAAGGAGUCCCCCCACGAGCGCAUGCACCGCCACAUCGAGCUGGCCUGGGCCUUCUCCACCGUCAUCGGCACACUGCUCUUCCUGGCCGAGGUCGUGCUGCUCUGCUGGGUCAAGUUCUUGCCCCUCAAGAAGCAGCCAGGCCAGCCGAGGCCCACCAGCAAGCCCCCCGCCAGUGGUGCAGCUGCCAACGUCAGCACCAGCGGCAUCACCCCGGGCCAGGCAGCCGCCAUCGCCUCGACCACCAUCAUGGUGCCCUUCGGCCUGAUCUUUAUCGUCUUCGCCGUCCACUUCUACCGCUCACUGGUCAGCCAUAAGACGGACCGACAGUUCCAGGAGCUCAACGAGCUGGCGGAGUUUGCUCGCUUACAGGACCAGCUGGACCACAGAGGGGACCACCCCCUGACGCCCGGCAGCCACUAUGCCUAGGCCCAUGCGGUCUGGGCCCUUCCAAUUCUUUGGCCUUACGCCCUUCCCCAUGACCUUGUCCUGCCCCAGCCUCAUGGACAGCCUGUGCAAGGGGCUGGGCUUCAGCAAGGGGCAGAGCCUGGAGGGAAGAGGCUUUUUCUUUUCUUUUUUUUUUUUUUUUUUUUUUGAGACGGAGUCUCGCUGUGUCGCCCAGGCUGGAGUGCAGUGGCCGGAUCUCAGCUCACUGCAAGCUCCGCCUCCCGGGUUUACGCCCUUCUCCCGCCUCAGCCUCCGGAGUAGCUGGGACUACAGGCGCCCGCCACCGGAAGAGGCUUUUUCUAAGAGAAAUUUCUGCACUUUGAAACUGUCCUCUAAGAGAAUAAGCAUUUCCUGUUCUUCCAGCUCCAGGAAGAGCUGGAGGGGGCCAAAGUGGGGCCACACACUCGCUGUGUCCCCUCUCCUCCCCUGUGCCAGUGCCACCUGGGUGCCUCCUCCUGUCCGUCUCAACCUCCCUCCCGUCCAGCGUUGAGUGUGUACGUGUGUGUGACACAUAAAUAUACUCAUAAGGACACCUCC